CGACAACACCCAAGCAAUAACCGAUGUAAGUCACCCUCAUCUGCCCAGGUAAAGUGUCUCCCCCUACAGCUCUAAUAUGGGUAUAUGCAGCCCCGACUCCCCGUGUUAUACAAUAUCUCCACAUCUUAAACAAUUCCUUAUAGCGAAACCCAUCUCUGGAUACACCUUUAUCACAGCUACCACCGGAGAGUAAUACUUCCUUGCUACGGGCGCGCUCGCCUCCGAAUCCAUCUCUGGCUACGGAGGCUCGAUUCCGGACCUUCCUACCCUCCAGCACUAUUCUUACCCCCAGCCAACAUCCAUUACAAAUGAAGCGCUCUUUGCCUUCAACUUUUCUAAACCAGGCUAUCACUUAUCUGGCCUGUCUCCGGACAACCUGAUAAUGAUCAUGGAAAGCUCUCACCACGAUAUCACUUUCCACCUGACACUCCACGCCACCUCCCCGGCAUUCUACUACGCCCUCGCCGGGCGCAUGUACAUAUCUCGGCGGAACAAUCAACGACUGAGCCCCCCCGCGUAUAAAACAUCAGGAACUAUUUCCCUCCGUCGAUCGCUCUCCGGUGGAGCUUCGGAACAAUCAAUGUUGACACCCCCACCCCCCGGGGCCUCGCUAACCUGGUAUGAGCGACUCUGGGGCGCCCCAGACCUCUUCACCAAAAACUCAACCUACUUUAACCUUCGACAAUAGCGACCUGUUCCUCUGCACAUAUCUAGUUUCCUGUUUGGGCCCACCAUUCAUAUCAGGGAGCAGCAACGUCCGCAGGCGCAACCAGAGUGCGCAUGCAUUCGUUCCUGUAGAUUUUAUUCUCACCCGAUGUGCACGCGGUCUGGACAUCACCAAGCUCAGGGAUGGCGUGUCCUCAGAAAUGGGAACUGGGUAUCGAAUCAAGAGGUAUGUUUGAGAUUCAAAGUGUGGUUGGGGAUCAGGAGUUUGCUGGUCAGCGGUGGGAUGGUAUGACUUAUAAUGGGUUUGUCACUUUUACUGGGGUGUUUGAUGGGCGUAGCGUGACAGGGUGUGGGGCGUUGAGAUGAGAGUGACCACCUGGCUGGAAAGGGUUUUAUGGAUUUAUUGACUGUCCGAUCUCUCUUCUCCUCUCCUCUCCUGAUC